AAAAUCACGAAUCUCAUAAAAGUUUGUGUAUUAAAUGCUCAACUGCAGUAGUGGCAAGUGAAAGUCAAUCAGUAUUAAAUCAUUUUAAGUCAGAAUCGAACUCCGACAACGUAAACAGAAAGAUAUUUAGAAAAUUCCUUAGUAUUGCAGCAUAAGCCACGUAAUACUCAGUGUUUAAUCAUAAGCAAUAAGAAUCAGUUCGUAAUUAUGGAAAUUCUCGGUGACAUUAAGAAUUAUGAUUGGGGGAAGUUAGGAGAAUCUAGUGAAGUUGUGAAAUUAGCUAAGUUGAAUGAUAGCUCAUUUGUCGUUGAAAACAAUAAGCCCUAUUCUGAAUUAUGGAUGGGAGAUCAUGUAUCUGGGCCAUCGAAAGUAAAAUCUACUGGGGAGAGUCUAGCUUCCUUCAUUCAGAAAGAUUGUGAGUCAAUUAUUGGUGGACAGCCAAAACUACCAUUUCUAUUGAAAGUUUUGAGUAUCAGAAAGGCUUUGAGCAUCCAGGUUCAUCCAAAUAAAGAAGAGGCUGAACGAUUGCACAGACUGUACCCAGAUGUUUAUAAAGAUCCAAAUCAUAAACCUGAGAUUGCAAUUGCAUUGACACCCUUUCUCGCACUGUGUGAUUUUCGUCCACAUGCUGAAAUCUAUGCGCAACUUAAAUCUCAUAAUGAACUAGUUGAAUUACUUGGAAUAUCUAAUAUAGAUCUUAUCAAAACGAAUGGAGCGGAAGGUCUUAAAACAUGCUAUAGUAAAUUGAUGAAAUCCGAUGACGCUAGCAUUCGUAAAUGCAUUGAUGGACUCGCUGAGAAAUUUAAAAAUGAUGACAGUAAAUUAGCUGAAGUAUUCAGGACAAUUCAGGCUGAUUUUCCUUACGAUGUUGGCAGUUUGUCAUUAUUUUUCCUCAAUUUAAUCGAAAUGAAACCUGGAGAUUCAAUCUACCUAGCUGCAAAAAUUCCUCAUGCUUAUCUCUUUGGUGAUUGUAUUGAGUGCAUGAGUUGCUCUGAUAAUGUCGUUCGAGCUGGAUUGACUCCGAAAUUUAAGGAUGUCGAGAACUUAUUGAGCAUGUUGAUCUAUGACGGAUCGAAAGCUGAUGACAAGUUGUUUAAACCAACAGUUUUGGAUGCCAGUCAUCCUCAUACGUAUUUGUUCAAGCCACCAAUUGAUGACUUUGCUGUCUGUAAAAUUGAACUUCCAAGUGAUGUCAACGACUAUGAAGUCGUGAAUAGUAAAUUUGGUUCUAUUGUUCUCGUCAUUUCUGGAAAUGCAAAAUUGUCAGGAUCUGGAAUGGAAACAUUGGAAAUCCAUAGAGGAUCAGUCAUAUUCUUGGCAUCAAAGAUUAUCAAAUCCAGCUAAAUCACGUUGAAUUUCACAUAAAAGAACAUAGUUCUCUGUCUCGACAAUAUGCUCACGAAUUAUUUCAUUCGUUCGAGACAGCAUAACCAAUGAACCUUGCACAUCUGUCUUAUCAUCAAUAUCAUCAGAAUAAUAUUCAAGCAAAAGUUCCAGUAAUUUCUGAUAGUGCAGCAAUCGAUGCAAUGGCUUCAAUAAGAAUGUAGAUAACGGAAGAUAACAGACCUGAAAAGAAGCAGCAUAUCUUAAUGUUCGAGAAAUGAUGAACUUGUUGAGUUGGGGCUCUUGAUCUACAAUGGGUCAAGUCAUAUUAGGGAUAAUUCACAAUUGAGGUACGAACCAGGGGGAAAACUAC